AUGGCCCAGAUGUUUGAUGAUGAUGGUACAGACGGAAUCCUGUUGGUUGACUGCAAUAUCCAAAUUACUUGCCCUGAAAUGUCCAUAUCACCAACACGUACAGAAGUUCCUAGAGAUUCUUCACCUGUGGAGGGGAAGAGAUCUUAUUCCAGGAAGGGACAACACAGGGUGACCCACUAGCGCUAGGUGGUAUGCGAUGGACACAUCCAUCUUGAUUCAGAGCCUAAGAGCGCGUAUACCUGAAGUUAAGCAAGUAUGGCUGGCUGAUGACUCGGCGUGAGGCGGCCCAACAGAACUGUUAUGCAACUGGUACAAGCUUCUUUGUCAAGAAGGAAAGAAAUGGCUCCAAAAGAUAGCUGAUAGUAAAGCUCGGGUAGUAAAGACACAUGAUUUAGCAGAUGAGGCCGAAUUGGUGAUUGGGGAGGGGGUCAGAAUAACAACGGAAGGUCAGUGACACCUAGGAGCAGUCAUGGGAUCCCAGGAGUACAAAGGCCAAUAAUGUAUUGGAAAAGUUCAGGGAUGGAGGGAAAGCAUCGAGUUGCUGGCUGAGAUCGUAAAGAGUCAACCCCAUGCCGCCUACGCAAAGGGCUACUAAUCGAAAUUUGCAUAUUUCAUGCAUAAAAUUGACUUAUUUGAAGACUAGGUGGAACCAACUGAUGAAGCGAUCAACGGUAUUUUCCUUCCAGUUCAUUUUGGUCAGACGGAACCGCUCCCUGAUGAGUUGCAAGACCUAUUCACAAGGGGGUCUGGGUAUACCAGACCUGAAAGCUGA